UUCCAAUGUAUGGACAGUAGAAAAACAGGACUAAAUGUUACACUGAUCUCUGCAGUGAUUAUAAUGAAAGUUGGGUGUGCAUCAGCUGAAUCUGUGUGCUAUUCCCAGGAAGAAGAGACACAUCCAGCGCUCUGGAAGUAGAAUGAAGGACAGCAAAGGGAUCAUACUGACAGAUGGGACGGCCGCUCAAGAUGAGGAAUCGAUCUACGUCAACAAGACCAUGCUGUCGGGCGUGAGUGCGGUGGAAAAGGGGGACGAGGGCGCCCUGCACUAUGCCACUGUGGAUUUCUCCAAACUUCCCGGCACGGGUGGGGAACACGGAACGGGCAUCGUCCGGGGCACUUCCAAACAGACGUCCGACUACGCCGUGAUCCGACACAAAUCCAGGGAAGAGAGAGAAGGAGGAGAGGAAGAAGGUGAGGAGGCAAAGGAGGAGGUGGAGAAGGAGGGCCAGGCUGAGCUGGGCACAGAGAGGGAGUGGGCCGAGGCGGGGGGCAAGAAGGAGGAGGAGUCUCGGCCGAAUCUGAGCCCACAGGCCUUCGUCAACCCAGAGCCCACGGAGGAGGCCACCUACGGGAACAUCUGCCCCUCCAGGCCCACUAAGAGGGCACGGCAGGGACUGCAGCAGCCACCCGGGAACCCUGCUGCAGAGGAGGAGCAGGAGGAGCAGCGCCAGGAGGAGAACUCAGCAGGAGGCCAGGAGAACAUGUACGUGGAUGCCAUGAGCCCCCUGAUGGAGGGUAACAGAAAGGGAACAGAGGAGUGUGAGUACGCCGUGGUCAGGAAGCCAAAAUAAGUCACUAUGGAGAUAGGCCAACUCAUCACACCACGCUGCACUCUCAUAAUGCCAAGAUAUUGCUUUACAGCACGAUACAUAAUGUUUGUUAUUAUGCAGUACAGAUGUUACACUACGGUGUCAUACUGAAGUACAGUAACUUAUGGGGUCCCAAAUGCAACAUAAAGCUAUUAUUUUACCAUGCAUUUUCUUCUGCAUUUAACUGAAAUAUCCCUAUUUCUCUCAGAUUUAAUGGAAAAAGUCUUAAAUUUAUUGUCUUUGAAUUGACAGGUGUAAAUAUUUAAUGUGGUAUCCGGAAAUGAUAUAAAUGAGCUAAAUGUUUUAUUAAUAAGGGUUUUUUUUUAUUUUUACAUGCUAUAUCUAUAAAAAUUUAGCUAAAUCAUUUAAUUAAUUGUAUGAGAUAUUUAGCUAAAGAUUUUGCUUAACGUACAAAACCUUUUGUUAAAUGAACAAAUAUUUAAUUAAAUUUAAAAUAAAACAUUUUUUUGCAAAAUGAAUGUAACAUUGACUAAAUGUAUGAAACAUUUAGCUAAAUAUUUAGCUGAAUGUAUAACACCCUUUAAUGUACAAAACUUGUAGCUAAAUAUUUAACUAAAUGUAUAAAACAUUUAGCUAAACAUACGAGACUUUCAGCUGAAUGUAUAAAACAUGAAAUAUUAUAAGUAUGAAAUAUUUGCUGACUAUUUGAAACAUUUAUAAUGGUAUAAAACAUUUUGCUAAAUGUAUGCAACCUCUACAGCCCGCCUUACAGUGGUUUACCAAAAGAAACAUUCACCUUAUUGUGGACAAAUUUUGGGAAGUUAAUUUUUGUGAUGACUAAACACAACUAACUUUGCGUCAAGAGGUUCCCAGACGAGCCUCCGGUCUCUGGCUCUGGGUGUAACGGUGGUGGUGGUGGUGAACCCAAUAGCAUAGAAAGGCCGCUGGAGACUUGGAUGGAGUUGCAAAAAAAAUAGCAGAGACUUUAAUCAGGAGAUUAGUGUACAGAAAACUAAGGGAGCUACUCCAGAAAAUACAAAAUACUCCAGGCUGUGAAUAAUGCUCAGAGAGCACCCAAUCAGAAGCCAGCGCAGAGAAGCAGGCUAAUGGGCUCAAGACAGAGUGAGAAGCAAAGCAACUAAGGCAGAAUAAGUGUUGUGAUUCAUUAACUCUCGAAUCGCUAUCAGGUGAACACACAAUCUCAUAAUCAGAGUGAUGGUUAUGUCGCCCUCUGGUGACCAGCAGGAGGAGGUGCAGCUUGAAUCCUCACAGUGGGAGAUGAGUUGUUCCUGUUGGGGCAGUGGGAAUCCCUCUCCCAGCAUGGAGCAGCUGAUACUUGUGUCUGUUUCUUAAUGUCUUUCUUCAGGUCAUCGCCGGAACGUGCAGCAACAAUGCCACGCUCAGGGUGUGCUCGCAUUGGUCAGCACUCCAAUAGUAAACAGAGAUGAACAUUGAACAUUGGCAUAUCCGCCAUUUCAAAAACCAGCCUCAGUGCCAUUUCACAGGCUUGCCAACUACUGAUUUUGAUGUUGUUAUGCUACACCCUUCCAAUGUUGUGGAGACCCCCCCUACAAAUUAGCAUUAAAAAUUUAGACUUUCUUUGCGCAAAACACAACUUCAUGUAAAUCAAACGGAUCCAGACCCCUCAUUCUCUUGAUCAUUUUGAGGAUUGUGUACCUUUUACACUUUUUACUAUUUUAGAUGAAGAUUAUAGUUCUCCCUCAGAAAAGAGAAGGGAGCUAGCCUGGGGGGAAAAGUGCUAUAUCGAGUUAAUUCAUACAUUUCUCUAACUGUGUGGUCACUAUCUUGUUUGCUGAAUAAAGUAUUUAAGUUGUU